AUGAUAAAAAACUACAAUCACAUCUACAUUUUCAAAAGAUUUAAGAUCCUCCCAACCAGGGGUACCAUUUCCAGGAGGACUUGGUACCCUAGGGUCGACACGAAGAAGAUCAGCGUAAUACUGCUAAGGGACUCUGAAAGGCUCGGCAAAACCGGGGAUAUAGUCGAGACCUCGAGGGGCUAUGCAAACUACCACCUAAUUCCAAAGGGCGUGGCCUGCUACGCCAACUGGUACAACAUAGAUCAAUACUGCAAGGAAUCGAGCGAGUUCGUUCAAUCGAGAAAAGCCUACAUCGACUCACAAUUCCCAGAUCUCAAGCUCAAACCGGACGAAAGUCAGUCCAUACUGGACUCGAGACCAGAGAACAUUCUCUUCAGCGGCCAGCUGGCGGGCUACGCACUGACCCUAAACGUGAAUACUUUCUCGAGCGAUCGCAACCGACUCACUUCUCCCGUAUCGCUGUACAACGUCUUGGACGAGUUUUCGAAAAAGCACAACAUCGACAUCCUUCCGUACCAAAUCGUUGAAGUACGGAAACGGGGUUCCGACUCACCUCUCUGCCCCUUCGGGGACUACGAGUACGUCAAAUUCACUGAAGCCGGCGAAUAUGUCUUCCUGGUCAAGUUUCCACUGGUUGAGGACCCGGAAAACGAAUUUAAAUUCACACUGGAACUAGUGCCCCUCCAGCUAAAGUACCUCUUACUCUUCCCAGUUAUUACAGCUACCCUGGCAAUCACCUAG